UCUUGCUUAACGCGUCUUCAUUUUUUUUUUUGAAACCCCUUUCACCACAUUUUACCAAUUAGGGUUUUCUCUUUUACGAUUUCAAUUAUCCGCUAUCGAUUUUUCUCUCUUUUCAAUUCAAUGUCUCAGAUUAUUCUUCGACGAUGAUGGCUCAAACCAGAAAUCACAUUCAGAAUCGGAACCAACAAUUAGAGCUUGGUGAGAUACUAGGUGAAGCGCAACAUCGCUGGCUCCGACCUGCUGAAAUAUGUGAGAUACUUCGCAAUUACCGGAAGUUUGAGUUAACACCAAAUCCACCUGUUAGGCCUCCUGCUGGGUCACUAUUCUUGUUUGAUCGAAAAGUACUCCGUUACUUUCGCAAGGAUGGUCACCGGUGGAAGAAGAAAAAAGAUGGCAAGACUAUAAGAGAAGCUCAUGAAAAGCUGAAGGCUGGUAGCGUUGAGGUCUUGCAUUGUUACUAUGCUCGUGGCGAGGAUAAUGAAAACUUUCAAAGGAGAAUUUAUUGGAUGCUUGAUGAGAAGUUAGAGCACAUUGUCCUAGUGCAUUAUCGGGAAAUUGAAGAGGGCUGCAAGUCUGGCAUCUCAAAUUUGCCUGCAGUUCCAGUAACCCCGGUUGGUAGCUCUCAGAGUAGCUCAGUGCCUUCCUCUGCCAAAAUAAGCUCACCAAUAUCUGUUGUUCAAGUAUCUUUGACAUCAAGUGCGAAUGAAAUUGAUCAGCACAGAGCUUCUGAGUAUGAGGAUGACAAGUUACAGAAUUGUCCUCAAGUCUCCUCUCAUGCUCAAUCUACCAGCAAUUCCAUGCAUCAUUGUGCACCUCAGCUUUCACUUGAAGCUACUGGGUUUUCUGAGUUAUUGAAGAACCCCUUUAUUUCAUCACGGACAUCUCUUCCUUGCUUUUCUCCUAGUAAUGACGUGCCUCCCUGGGCAUUCAUUCAGAACUCUAGCAGAAAUGGAAUUAAUAUGUAUGAUAGAGAACUUCAUGUUCAAGGAUCAAGUGACGGCUCAGAAGCUUAUUUUACUGUUGCAGAAAGUAAUGCAAUGUUAGAUGCUAUUUGCAGGACCCAAGAUGGUGUAAUUUUAAGAGAUAGGCCCAUCACUGACGUGUAUAUGCACCCUAUUAUUACAGGAACUUCACAGACUGUUAAUCAGCAAGUGAAAAAGGAGCAUGAUCUAGGCUCAUUUCAUACCCCAUUCAGUGAUCAUCCAGUUUUUGCUCCUCAAGACGGUGGUGCAUACAAAGAUGAGUUGGAACAUGUUGAGUUUGCGGAAUUGAAGAAGCUUGAUAGUUUCGGACAGUGGAUGGAUAAGGAGAUUGGUGGAGACUGUGAUAAUUCCUUUAUGGCUUCAGAUUCUGGCAAUUAUUGGAAUACACUUGAUGCUGAUAACAAGGAUAAGGAGGUGUCUAGGUUACGCCAGAUGCAGUUGGAUGUGGAUUCAUUAGGCCCUUCUCUUUCCCUAGAACAGCUAUUUAGUAUCCACGACUUUUCUCCAGAUUGGGCAUAUGCUGGGGUUAGAACAAAGGUUUUAAUAGUUGGCACAUUUCUGGGGAGUAAAAAGCUUUCUGGUGAGACCAAAUGGGGAUGUAUGUUCGGCGAAAUUGAGGUUUCUGCUGAAGUUUUGGCAGAGAAUGUCAUACGCUGUCAGACUCCUUUGCAUUCACCUGGUCGUGUUCCAUUCUAUGUUACAUGCAGUAAUCGGUUAGCCUGUAGUGAGGUCAGAGAAUUUGAAUAUCAUGACAAUCCAUCAAAAUUUAUAGGUCCCAAUGGUGUUAAAAUCUCACCAGAAGAUGAGGUACAACUUCAAAUUCGACUUCUUAGACUAGUAGAACUGGAACCUGACAACAAGUGGUUCAAGUGCUCUGUUCCCGAAUGUGAAAAAUGUAAACUUAUGGAAACAAUGUAUUCCAUGAGAGAUGAUAAUGGAGUAUUUGGAGAAACUUUCAAGAUUGAUGGAAGUGAUCACAAUAACACUAGAGAUGUACUGUUUCAAAGAUUAAUCAGAGACAAGCUUUAUGGCUGGUUGGAAUUUAAGGUUCAUGAAGGAGGAAAAGGACAACAUAUAUUGGAUAAUGAAGGCCAAGGAGUCAUACAUUUGGCAGCUGCACUUGGAUAUGUAUGGGCUCUGGGGCCAUUAGUUGCCGCUGGUAUCAGUCCUAACUACAGGGAUGCUCAUGGAAAAACAGGACUUCACUGGGCUUCAUAUUUUGGGAGAGAAGAAACGGUAAUUGCGUUAGUCAAAUUAGGAGCAUCCCCAGGGGCCAUUGAGGAUCCAACAUCAGCGUUUCCUCGAGGACAAAAAGCAGCCGAUUUAGCUUCAAGUAGAGGACAUAAAGGAAUUGCUGGGUAUUUGGCUGAAGCAGAUCUAACAACUCAAUUGUCUAUGUUGACUGUCAAUGAAAAUGAUAUGCACAACAUUGCCACAACUACAGCAGCUGACAGUAUUUUUGAGUCUGCUGACGGUGACUCGUCAUAUCUGACUAUGGAUGAGCAGCACGGUCUGAAAGAGUCACUUGCUGCUUUCCGAAAAUCAGCCCAUGCAGCUGCUUUGAUCCAAGAAGCCUUUAGGGCAAAAUCAUUUUGUCAAAGACAAUUAACCAAGAGUAGUGAUGAUAUCUCUGAAGAAGUACUUAAUGUAGUCUCUGAUUCUUUGAACAAGGUUCAGAAGAUAGGCCACUUCGAGGAUUAUUUACAUUUUGCAGCUUUAAGGAUUCAAAAGAAAUAUCGUGGGUGGAAAGGAAGAAAAGAUUUUUUGAAAACACGCAACCGCAUAAUAAAAAUUCAGGCUCAUUUUAGAGGACACCAAGUUCGCAAGCAGUACAAAAAAGUUAUUUGGUCUGUUAGCAUCGUAGAAAAGGCAAUACUGCGUUGGAGGCGGAAAGGAGCUGGUCUGCGAGGGUUCCGGGUUGGGCAGCCGGUUGGUAUCAUGGCAAAAGAUGCUGAGAAUAGUGACGACGAGUAUGACUUUCUUAGCAUUGGACGGAAACAGAAAUCAGAUGAUGUAAAGAAAGCUCUUGAUAGAGUUAAGUCCAUGGUUCGUAAUCCAGAGGCAAGGGAUCAAUAUAUGAGGCUAAUCAUGAAAUAUCAGAAUUUUAAGAUUGAUUAUGGCGGAACCAGUCAAUCACAGCAUGUUGACUAGACUCUGUAAGAAAUGAGGAACAGUGGUGGCACUUUUAAUACUAAUACUAAUGUCUUACAGGCAUACCUUUUUAUGUAUCUAACAUAGUAUCUAGUCUCUAUGGACUUUGGAGAGUCUGUUGAUUUGAAAGUAGAAAAAGGAAGAGGGAAAUGUAUAUGCCAUUUUAUUCCCUUUUUCCAGUGAAACAGCAGUUUUAGUUGGAAAACAGUUGAGAUAGUGCAUAGGCUCUUGGAAUAUAUGAAUGUCAAAAUUAGAACAUACACAAAA